AUGAAGGGGGUCAAGAUCAGGAGGAUGAACGUGAUCGUGGUGACGGACAAGAUCGAGAAGACUACCGCGUGCACUAGCACGUGCACGAUCAUGCCCGAGUGGUUGGUCAUCGCCGUGGGCGCGAUCAGGUUCGAGUUCAGCGGCUCCGUCGAGUUCGAGUUAAGGGCUAUGCACAUGUAUACGCACGACUACGUCGGCACGGACCUGAAGAACGACCUAAUGAUGUACCACAACCCGUACAUGAUCGCGAACGGGUGUGAGGACAAGGACUGCAACGCGUUCACGAUCGCUACCUCCCAAGUCAGGUGA